GGGGUCUGAAUACUUUCCGAAUGCACUGUAUUAGCCAAAAUGAUACAUUUAUGAAAUCCUGAAGAUGUUUCCUAGUCACACAAAAAAAGAAAUGUUGAUAUCAUAUUCACAGGAGGCUUGACACACCCAUUUGUGUACACUGAGUCAAAACCAUAUUUUCAGAUCGCAUUUGGUAGACUGGGACAGCAGGUUAGAUAAACUGGGACACCAUUAUUGUAGUCCUAAUUGUAUCCCAAUGACAAUUCAAUUUUGUGUGAUUAGGAAACAUUUGAGGAUUUCAGAAAUGUAUCAUGUGAGGUCACAGAAGAGGGAAAUGCAAAAAGAGACCCAGUACAGCGGUCCCUAAUGUAAACUGGAUCUCUUCCCUCCAUUGGAAAAGCCUAUAAGGCAAUCCCACUUUAGCAACUCCAUGCUGUUCUACUUUAGCUAGCUAUGGUUGGUAAAGCAAAAAAAAAAAAAAAGAGACAAUUGCAACAUUUAAAGGUGCUACACAUUCAUUUUUUUGUUGUUUAAUUUUUACAUUGUAAUUUCAGAUAAUGUCCAUAAAAUAUCUGCAGUAAUAGUGGAAUGACAGUGUUUCACAGUAUUACUUACACGCCAGUGUUGUGAUUGGCUGUGAUAUUUGCCUAUUAAUUUCUCCCACCGGGCCGGCUUAUUUUGUCAAAAUGGGAAAGCUAUUUUGACUUUGUGGCUGUGGAAGUCGCUCUUUCAUUUCCUGGUUGCUAAAAUUCUACACUGUUCGCUCAAUUUCAUUUUAUGUGAGAAAACAAUCACUGAAUAGUGUGUAGGGAAUCAUUGUACCAUCUAAAUCGCUGUGAAAUAUAUUUUCAAUAACAACAAAUAUAGUUAUUACAGCUGUUUGAAGCUGGUGGACCAAAACCGAAAGUAAAAGGCUCAAGCGUGAGUCUCCUCCAUGUUACGGGGAAAUGGGAUGCAGGGGAGGGGGGAGAUUUGUUUUGAAUGCAGCCUAGUGCUAUUGCAAUUCACCUAGCUUCCACAUAGGGGAGAAAUUCUAUUUGUAGCACCUUUAAACAUAAUAUUGGUAUUUUGUUGCAACAGUACACAGUAUGCACAUUUACAUCACAAUUUGGCAAAGUGCAUUAUUUAUGACAGUUUUAUAACCUUCACAUCAAAACAGAGAAAAAAGCUAUGUCACUGAUCUUACUGUGUGCUUCGCGGGGUGAGCUUCCUGUUUGAAGCUUGCUCUGCCCCCCUCUAUGAUGUAACACCAAUGAAGUGAUGGGAUUUUGAUGAUGUGGUUUCUCUGCAAGGGCUUAGUAACAAUAGUUUAGGUUUUCUCUUGUCAGAUCAAUAAAUACACACUUCAGGAUUAUGCUGUCCCAGUUCAUAUGAUGUCCCACUCUUUCCGAAUUCACCCUAUUCAUUAUUUUAUAUUAUUUUGACAAAGUCUUGGAAUGUGCUUGGUAGGCCUAUGCCACCAUCAUCACAUCAUACUGCAAGGUUAUAUUUUAACCACUACACACUGACACCUGGCUGACACAGUUGGUUGGGCUUGGGCAACUGUAUUAUGGAAAAGCUUUGCUUAGUGACCAAUUGUGCAGUGUUACAACUUCUGUAUGCCAAUGACGUGGUAAAAUUUCCGUACUUGUGAACACCGUUGGGAAAAGGGUCAAGUGUUAACUGGGAUCCUUGGGAUGUCCCUACCCCAUUUUAGUAGACAUUUAAAAUGGCUAAGGUAAGGGUUAAGGUUAGGGUUGUGGGUAGGGACAUCCCAAGGAUUCUGUGUAGCACUGACUGGAAUCCAUGAAACGUUGCCAUUUUCUAUCAAGCGUUGACGUUUGAAGCGCGUUGUCCCUGUGGAGGAAACAAUUAUCAGGAACUUACAACAACAAAAAAGCAACAAUGUAAGUCACAUGGCUGGAAACUGGAAUCCCAUAGUUACCGGGGGAAAUAGGCCAAUAGGCUGAAGUCUCCCGCCAAUUUGUGUUCUUCAUCAGACGGAGGGGGCACGUGGGAGUGUGGGAGUUGGAGAGCAUAAGAAAAUGGUCGACAACUGCAUUUUACUGUUUCAACUUGAAACCAUUUCGCGGUUGCUCCAGGCUCAUUCUUCCGAGAUGGAUCAUCACAGUGGGUCAGGGCUGACUCACUCCGCACUUGAGUUAUAAGCCUCCAGAACACACGGAAGAAAACCAGUAGAGUAACGUUUUGGGAGAGUAACAGAUAACGAUGAACGACGAAAUUUUUUUCCCCUAAAUAAUGUUUAAUAAGUAUAUAUUUUUCUAAGUAGUUGAGACAAGAGCGUCCUGCAAAGUGUAUUACGGACAUCAUAUUUGCUUGAUUUUCCUAACGUUUACAGCAGUUUUUCCUGCGUAGAAGUUUUGCGAAUGGGUUACCUUCUGCAGGUGACGGUGCUCAUGGCUCUCGUUCUGUGCGUAAUUACAGGAGUGAUGGACAGGAGGUUGGAGGCCACUGAAGCAACGGCAUACCUGAAGAAGUAUGGCUAUCUGCACACUCCACUGGAUCCUCAGAACAAGGGCAUCGAGGCAGAUGAUAUCACUGAGGCCCUCAGGGUCUUCCAGAGAGUGACAGACCUGCCUGUCAAUGGAGUGAUUGACAAGGCCACCCUAGAGAUGAUGAGACAGCCUCGCUGUGGCAUAGAGGACCCCUUCAACAAGAAAACCCUAAAAUACAGAGUACUGGGUUACUGGCGCAAGAGAAGCCUGUCCUGGCAAAUCUACAACUACACUCCAGACAUGCCAAAGAGUGAGACAAAGAGGGCGAUCCGCUCUGCCUUUAAGUACUGGAGCGACGUGGCUCCCCUGAGCUUCCGAGAGGUCGAGUAUGGACGAGCCGACAUCAGGAUCUCAUUCCAUGCAAAAGAUGCCACUUGUGCCGAGCCUUUUGAUGGACAGGGUCAUGUGCUGGCCCAUGCUGAACCCCCAGAGUCAGGCAUCAUUCAUUUUGACGAGGAUGAGUUUUGGACAGAGGGCAAGUUCUAUGGCAUUAACCUGCGUAUCAUCGCUGCCCAUGAGAUAGGCCACGCCCUGGGCUUGGGCCACUCCCAGUACAGAAGUGCUCUCAUGGCCCCUCUCUACACCGGUUACCGUAACAACUUCCGUCUGCAUUUCGAUGAUGUGAAAGGCAUCCAGGCUAUGUAUGGUAAACGUGAUACAAGUGUUACAAUUAAGCCCACAGUGGCACUCCCCACAUACAGCCUCCCUGGUGCUGAGGGAGACAUCCCAGACCCCUGCACCACCAAGCUGGAUGCCAUCAUGCUGGGUCCAUGGAGGAAGACAUUUGCCUUCAGUGGUGAUUAUGUGUGGACGGUGUCUGACAUUGGACACAAUCCACCCAUGAAGAUCGACCGGCUGUGGACGGGACUGCCUGGGAACCUGAACGCAGCCGUUUACUCUCAGAGAACAAACAAGACAUACUUUUUGAAAGGUGAUAAAGUGUGGAGAUACACUCGUUUUCUCCUGGACUACGGGUACCCCAAAGAGCUCAAACGCCUCCCACCUAAUAUUGAUGCUGCUUUGUACUUGGAGAAGAAUAAGAAGCUGGUCUUUUUCAAGGGUACAGGGUACUGGCAGUGGGAUGAGCUGCGCCACAGUAACCUCAACGUGUACCCCAAACCACUCUCUAACCUCUUCACUGGGGUGCCCUCCAGCCCUGAUGCUGCCUUUACCUGGACCAACGGAAAGAUCUUCUUCUUCAAGGGAGACAAGUACUGGCGUGUGAACAGUCUACUGAGUGUAGACAAAGGCUACCCACUCAGCAUGAGUGAACGCUGGAUGCACUGCUAGGAGCCAGACACUAGAGGACAGCAGACACCAUAAACCUCAAUACGGUGCUGGUGAGAUGUGUUCUCAAUUAACCAUUCAGGGAACCACACAACAACAAUCACAACCACACUGUGAUAACAUUGUGUUCACACUGUGAAACCAAUAUAAUAACAUAUUUCCAUGUACCAGUACAUGUUAUCAGUCAAGGUACAUAACUGAAAUGUUAUGUCAAACGACUUCUUCGAAACAUGAGAUAGAAUCUUUAUCAAUGUAAGUAGUGGCAAAGCCAUUUGAGGUAAGACAUAAGUGCUUAUAUAAGGUUGCAUAUUGAGUGUCAAAUCGUUAUGGCCUACUAGUUCUCUGUUUCCAUGUAACACAGGCAGGACCUCAGCCCAAACGUGUUAGACUGAGUUCUGAGGGAGUGUGUGUGUGGAGAGGCUGUUUGUUAUGCUCUCAGGGGGCCUUCCAGGGGGGGGGCCUUCCUCUCCCUCACAACAGAUGUGGAUGGGACUAUUCAGUUAUGUGCCCUCUUUUCAGUAUGUGUACUGAUUUCAAUGGUGUUCACCCAGCACUUUGAAACUUCUUGUUUUCUUUUGAUGUUUGGCUUGCAGACACCGUGGACGGGUCUGAAAAAGUAUUUGUGAGUUUCUUGUCGCCAUGUUAUGCGUUUCUAGGGAUAGAGUGUGGAUAUUUUAUCACUUCCGACAUAAAGAGAAGCCUAAUAUCAUUGCUGUUGCGUCAGACUUUCACAUCAUGAUGUCUACAUUUUAUAACUGGUUUAUAAUUGUGUACCGAUGUUGCUGUUGAACCUCAUCAUGCUUAUUGAUGUUUUUAUAGUCAAGCUAAAGGGAAUUCACAUUUCAUAGUGUAUAGGCCUACCAUUUGGAUAUGUUUAUAAAUGUGUGCAAUUAUUUUUUUUGCUGUUAAUUCAUCUAAGACAUACAGUAGUUGUACAAAUGAGUCAUGACAGUCAACAAUAAAACCAUUUCAACAGUC